UGUUGAUGCUGCACGUGUGGAAGGGAGAAUGUUUGUGAGAACUAAGUCUGGUGUUAUAUGGUAAACACAGUGCAAUAUUUGAAAAUAUAAGAGUUUUGCUAAAAAGCACACCUAAUGGAACCAAAAGACUUCUCUCCCUUCCUAACACAUGGUAUCACGUUUGGCACCUACACUGAUGACGAGAUUUUAGGUCUGAGUGUGAAGGAGUUGACCAACCCCCAGUCAUUUGAUUCCCUGCAACACCCUACCAGUGGCGGACUGUACGAUCCAGCUCUCGGUCCACAAGACAGAGAUGACCAGUGUGAGACCUGUGGUCAGAUGAGCCAGUGGUGUCCAGGCCACAUGGGACAUAUAUCCUUGCCAUUACCUGUGUAUAACCCUGUGUUCUUUAAGAACCUAUUCCAGAUUCUGAAAGGCACAUGCUUUUCUUGUAACAGAUUGCUUGCCAGGGGUGCCCAAUGUUCUCUUAUCACCCACCAGCUGACUGCUUUAGAUCAUGGGUUACUGCACAUUGUAGGGGAGAUGCAGGACUUGUAUUCUAAUGUACUGAAUGAACAGGGAACAGAUAUAGGCAUGGAGGAUACGAUACAGAGACAGCUGGAAGAGUGCCUCCAGUCGGCACUCGGAGUGAACAUAGAAAAUGGUAACUCCUAUCAAGUGAAACACAUCACUGAAAUGAAGCAGCAACUAAUCAAACAAUUUCUCAAGGACCACCUUAUACCAAAAGGCAAAAUAUGUGGACACUGCAAGAUGCCAGUGAAGCCUAUGCGAUCAGAACACAACACAAAAAUCUUUUUCCAGAAAGGACUAGAUAGAAAAAGUGCCAGGGAAAUGAUUGAGAAGAAAAACAGACAGAAACAGCAAAGAAAGCAAGCCCUGCAGGAGGGUAAUUCUGAAUACUUGGAAGAUGAAGUAGUCGAAAUGGAAGAUGAAAAGAAUGAGCCUUCAGAAGAUUUAAAUGAAAAGGAAGUGUCUGCAAUCAGCGAACAGCUGUACUUGACACCUAUGGAGGCACGCAGUCACAUACGAAAAGUGUGGAGUAAUGAUAAGGCAGUUUUCAUGAAACUGUUUGGGGCUUUAAUUAUGAAAAACUCACACAAAUACCCAACAGAUAUCUUCUUCUUGGAUGUUGUGCCUGUAGCACCAAACAGAUUUAGGCCGAUGGCUGUGAUGAAAGAGAGAAAAUAUGAACAUCCCCAGUCAGGGAAUCUUUGUAAAGUUCUCCUAGAUGCCAUUACUAUACGUCAGAUAUUGGCAGAUAUUCAGAGGUCAGAGAAAGAAGGUGCUGAUAUAACACGCUCUGAAGAAGAAACGACUCUUCUUGAAAGUGUUCCUGGGAAAAGUCUGACAGAAAAGCUACAGAAUGUCUGGGUCAGGAUGCAAACCCACGUGAACUGUGUAGUGGACAGUGAAUUAGAUAAAAUGUCCACUGAUAAACACCCAGGAAUAAAACAGUUACUUGAGAAGAAGGAGGGUCUGUUUAGGAAGCACAUGAUGGGGAAGAGGGUGAACUAUGCUGCUAGAUCCGUCAUCUCACCAGACCCUUAUAUUAACACCGAUGAGAUAGGGAUACCGAUGGUGUUUGCUCUUAAACUGACCUAUCCUCAGCCGGUCACUCCUUGGAAUGUCCAAGAGCUGAGGCAAGCUGUCAUCAAUGGACCAAGGCAACAUCCUGGUGCUGUAUUUGUUGAGAAUGAAGAUGGCACCAGGAUCAUGUUGAACCCCACAGAUGUCAGACAGAGGGAAGCCAUAGCCAAAGAACUGCUGACACCAAGCACAUUUUAUCAUGGACCCCCAGAGAGCAAGAAGGUGCUACGGCAUUUAAAGAAUGGAGAUGUUCUGUUGUUAAACAGGCAGCCAACUCUUCAUAGACCAAGUAUACAGGCACACAAGGCCCGUGUGUUGCCAGCGGAGAAAACAUUACGUCUUCAUUAUGCCAACUGUAAGGCCUACAAUGCUGACUUUGAUGGAGAUGAAAUGAAUGCUCACUUUGUCCAAGAUGAGAUAGCCAGGGCUGAGGCUUACACAAUAGCCAGCACCAACUUCCAGUACUUGGUCCCCAAAGACGGGACACCACUUGCUGGCCUGAUUCAAGAUCACAUGGUCUCUGGUGUGAUGCUUACUAUGAGAGGGCGGUUCUUUAGCAGAGGGGACUACCAGCAGCUUGUAUAUGCCGCACUUACAGAUAAAUAUGGACCAGUGAAGAUGCUGAGACCAGGGAUGAUAAAGCCAGUGAAAUUGUGGUCAGGAAAACAAGUCCUCUCUACUGUGCUGCUGAACCUGAUUCCUGAAGGCAAACCAGCUUUGAACCUGCAUGGCAAAGCAAAGAUAGCCGGCAAGAACUGGUUAGCUGGUCAGCCAAGGGCAUGGUUGGCCGGAGGACAAGCCCUGAAGGAUGAGUCCAUGAGUGAAUCUGAGGUGGUCAUCCGGUCAGGAGAACUGCUGUGUGGGGUACUGGACAAGGGGCACUAUGGACCCACACCAUAUGGUUUAGUGCACUGUUGCUAUGAGCUAUAUGGAGGAGUAGUGGCCUGCAAACUGUUGACAAGUUUAGCCAAACUCUUUACAACCUUUCUUCAGCAACAUGGGUUCACUUUAGGCCCUGAGGAUAUUUUGGUGACCCCACAGGCUGACGUGAAGAGAAAGAAGAAUGUGGAUGCCUCUCGGCUGUGUGGGGAUGAGGCAGCAGCCAAAGCCAUGGGUGUAGAUUCCCCAGACGACACUAAAACCCUGCUGCAGAAGUUAGAGAAAGCACAUUACAACAGAGAUGGCCGCCACAUGAUGGAGCUAGACCUGGCCAUGAAGCAGAAAACAGAUGAAUAUCAGAAUAACAUAGCAAAAGUUUGUAUACCACAUGGGCUACAGAAAAUAUUUCCAAAUAAUAAUUUACAGUUAAUGGUCCAGUCUGGUGCUAAAGGGUCAUCAGUGAACUGUAUGCAGAUCUCCUGCCUUCUAGGUCAGAUAGAACUGGAAGGUCGUCGACCCCCUCUCAUGCUCAGUGGAAGGUCAUUGCCCUCUUUUCUUCCCUAUGACACAUCCCCCAGGGCGGGAGGGUUUGUGGACGGCAGGUUUCUUACAGGGAUCAGACCUCAGGAAUAUUUCUAUCAUUGUAUGGCAGGCAGAGAGGGUUUGAUAGACACAGCUGUGAAGACCAGCAGAAGUGGCUACUUACAGAGAUGUAUCAUCAAACAUCUGGAGGGUAUUAUGGUCAACUAUGAUAUGUCAGUGAGGGACAGUGACGGCAGCGUGGUCCAGUUUCAAUAUGGUGAAGACAGCUUGGACAUUCUGAAAACACCAUUCUUAAACAAGAAACAGUUUCCCUUCCUAAUAAGCAACCAGAAUGUUGUCCUUAAUGAGACAGAGUUGAAGAGAACAGAAAGCAUUGUGGACACUACCACAGCUGGAACACUGCACAGAAAGCUCAAAAAGUGGCACAAAAAGAACCCCAGUUCAUCCAAGACAAGGACAUCUGGAUUCCUUAGCUACAGUCAGAAGGUGUGGGGUUCUAUCACUGAGCAGCACCCAGACACUGAGCUGGGAAGUCAUGGGAGAAGUAAAGCCACUGAGGCUGUAUGUGCAGCAUGGAGGCAGCUUGAGGAGAAAAAGAAAAGAAAGUUAGAGAAACGCCACUCUUGCUGCCCAGACCCUGUGGCAGCUGACCUUAGCCCUGCACGAUAUUUUGGAUCUCUUUCUGAAAGGAUGCUUGAAACAAUGGAUGAAUAUAUCAAGACAAAUCCUGAUAAUUUGUUGGUAGAUGACACUGAGACUCCGGUCACUCCUGGGCACAUCUCUACUGACCGGUUCAAGACAAUGCUCUUCUCAAGAACUAUGAACUGUCUAGCUGAGCCGGGGGAAGCUGUAGGGUUACUUGCUGCUCAGUCUAUUGGAGAGCCUUCCACACAGAUGACACUGAAUACUUUUCACUUUGCUGGGCGUGGUGAAAUGAACGUAACUCUGGGUAUUCCUCGACUGCGUGAAAUCCUCAUGGUUGCUAGUGCCAAUAUAAAGACCCCAAACAUGGACAUCCCCAUCCUCAACACUGAAUAUGCUAAAAAGAAAGCCAAACCACUGCAGCUCAAGUUGAACAAGGUUGUUUUGGCUCAGGUGCUUGAAGAUGUAAAAGUGUGUGAAUAUUUGGCUGUGAAAAAUAAGGUAGAUAAAAGCAGGAUGUACAGGCUGACUUUUAAGUUUCUACCAUAUGAAACCUACAAAAAGGACUUCUGUGUCACCCCGAACAAGGUGCUGUCUUACAUGGAAAAGAAAUUCAUCAGACAUCUGUGUGAUGCUGUGAAAAAGAGAAUCUUGGAACUGUCAAAGGCAAAAAUGGUAAGUACUGCCACAGUAGUAGAGAGAAAAAGACCUCAGACAGAAAAUGAGCCUGUUAACAACACUGCCAAUGAGGAGGAUGAUCUGGCAUCUGAUGAUGACUUGAAUGAUGGGGAUGCUGCUGCAGUGAAGGAAAGGGAGAGACAGAUGCAGGAGAGAGAUUAUCAGGGAGAAGAGGAGGAGAAGGAAGAGGUUGGGGAAGAGGAGGAAGAAUCAGAUGAAGACCUUGAAGAUGAAGACUGGUCUAUAGAUGGCAGUAGUAUCGGUCAGUCAGAGUCAGACAUGUCCAGGCCGGUGACUCCAGAACCUGGACUUGCCUCUUCCAAAGUAUCAAAGAAAAAGAGUAAAAAGAAGAAAAGGAAAGUGGAAAUGGAUGAAAUCAGAGUGAAUGCUGUGUUAUGCAGUCACCAGUGGGUACACAGUUAUACCUAUGAUGCAGACAGUGAAGAGAAGUGUCAGGUCACACUCAAGCUUGCCCUCUCAGACACCAGGUUUGACAUGGCCUCUCUGAUAGAGAGUGAGGCCAGGCGAGCAGUGGUUCACCAGGUUCAGGGGAUCACCAGGGCAAUCCUGGGGGAGGUGAAAACACCAGGGCAAGAAGGAACACACCUCAGGACAGAGGGGGUUAAUAUUGUGGAAAUGUACCAGUAUGACCGUGUCCUUGACCUUGACAGACUGUACACCAAUGAUAUCCAUGCUAUAGCAGAGACGUAUGGUAUAGAAGCUGCAGCCAGGGCUAUUUUAAAGGAAUGCAGAGAUGUGUUUGCUGCCUAUGGCAUUCAGGUAGACUAUCGACACCUCUCCCUUAUAGCAGACUAUAUGACCUUUGAAGGAAGUUAUAAGCCUUUCAAUAGAAUGGGAAUUGAAUCCAACUCCUCGCCAUUGCAGAAAAUGAGCUUCGAAACCACCAUGCAUUUUCUCAAACAAACCACCAUCUCAGGUUCCAAGGAUGAUUUGAAGUCUCCGUCUGCCCGUCUGGUAGUAGGCAGAGUGGUGGAUGUGGGUACAGGAAGCUUUGGACUGAGACAACCACUCAUAGUAUCAUAACAUGCAUGAUGAACAUGAUUGGUACUAAUGUAUAAAAUAGGCAUUUGUUUCAUUUCAUUAAAGAUAUUUAAGAACAGUCUUUGAAAGGGCAAUGGAUGACGAAUGUGAAACGUGUGACUUUGAAUAUGUUAACUGAGUGAUCACUGGUUGUGGUGAAGACAACCUUGGACAAUAUUUCUCAGCAUAACAGUCCACCAGGUAUUGGCUCAACAGUAUGGAAUGAGACUAAAACAAGUCAGAAUCAAGAACAAUUAGUCAUUGAAAUUUUCCCAUCUCCAUUGAAUGCCUACUAGUAGGGAGAAACAGACACUGAGGUUAAUCUUUGGAGGACAUAUUUAUGUAAAUGUUUAAGCACAGGAAGGAUAGGACAUGGCAUUAGGUGCUGGUUCAUUACCUAAGGGGAUGUGCAGAGUGGAGUGGUUUUGGCUGGAGUUAAAAAGUGAACUAGUACAACAGGUGAACUGCUAUGGAAUCCAUCCAAAAACAACAUCUUCAUGCUGUGACUUAGUGGUUGCAUUAGACCUGUUUGAAGUACAAAGAGAAUAUCACAUUUACAGGCAUUCAGAAUGGGUAGUGCUUGGUGUACAUCAUGUACUUUAUUGUGAUAAUUGAAGACAAAUGUACACUUAUUUUUGUUAAGAUAAAAAGGUGCAAGUGCAAAUUAUUUUACUGAGUAACUGUUUUUCAUUAA